CGCGUUUCGCUUUUAAGGGCUAAUGUCGCCCAACAUCAGUUUAUGAAACAUCACUUUCAUCCUUACACGCGACAGACGUUAAAGCAACUAGAUGGAAGAGCUGAGGAGUCCACUUUCAACCACGUGUAUUUACUGUUUUCACUCUGGAUUACUCUGACCGAGGGAAAUUUGUGGUGAACGAAAAUGAUGACGAUUCGCUUGUGCACUCCUAAAUGCUUUGUUAUCUUACUUGGAAUCACAAGUCUGGUGUUAAUAGCCAGAACGAAUUUGUAUAAAGAGUCAUUUGGAUCGGACGAUGGGAGGUCUUGUAAGCCAGAGCCUCUACUUGACAGCAUAGCAAGGGUAAACGGAAUGUUCGAUGACCUCAAGACAUUUGUGAUGUUUAUUGGAUACUCACAAAGUGUAGAGAGUCAUACUGGCGCCAUAUUAGACGCGCAUCCUCAGAUUGUCAUUCCGCAAGAGUACGAUGUCUUGGGGAACUGGAAAAUGUAUCAAGACAAGAAGCUUAGAGAUCGUGGCAAGCAAACGCAUAUGCUGUUUUUCUUCUUGUAUUAUCUUUCUACUUUUCAAGCCAUUUUUCGAAACCAUGCUAAUAAACCAAGCCAGUUCUGGGUGUGGACAUCUAAAGUCGAGAAUGCUCAGCAUUACCCACUUUCUGAUUCAUGGCAGGGGACAACAAAUGGCAAGAUUAAGGUUAUUGGUGACACCAGUAGUGGUUCAACUACUAGACAACUUACCAUGAGCCAGAAAAACUUUACCGUGCUUGAAGACAUCCAAAGUGUCAUAGGUAUUCCACUGAAAUUUCUACACAUUGUUACAAACCCAUAUGACGUUAUUGCUUCGAAUGUCAUCAGAGAGUCCAGAUCUACCGUAAAUAUAAAUGACGCGAAGGAUGUUUUCGCCCUUGUGGAAACAAAUGCAGAAUUAAAGAAACUAUAUGGUGAUGCGGUAUUAGACAUUUCUAUGGAUCAAUUCAUCAAUAAUCCAAGGGAGACCAUGAUACAAAUCUGUAGAUUUCUACAGGUCACUUUUUAUAAUAGCUAUCUCGAUAAAGUUAAAGGAGAAUUGAACAAGGAGUCAACGGGAGCUCGUUAUCAGGUGAUAUGGACAGACGAAGAGAAGGAGUGGGUCGCUGCAGAAAUGAAAAAGUACUCUUUCCUGAAUUCGUUUGACUUUUAAUACUUCCGUGAAAAAUUAUUUCAUUGAAAGGUGGUUCGAGGCCUCAAACGAGUACCUUAGCCAUUGUUAAGUAGUUUUUCUGGUAAAAAAUGAAAAUUGAGGAAAGCUGAGGAGAUUCCGAGUGUUCAAGAAACUCGUAACAGGGAGACGUUUUAUUGAGCGGCAAGGACAUACAGGUCACGUCGCUUUGUUUCAAAGGAGAACAGAAAUGCGAAAAAAUCGCGUUUUUCAAGGAAUAAUUAGGAGUUUCUUGUUCUGACCCGAAAAAAGAAAGGAAAAGUUAUAAUUCCAGAUUUUUUUGUGCUCGUAUGGCUGCGUGCGCCUAUCUAUUGUUUCCUAUUCAGGUUGAAAUUUUCGACACUUAAUGGUCAUGUGAUAAAAUUCUUAUUGACUGAGCUUAUUGACUGACACCAAUCUUACGAUAUCUGCUAAGACGUUAACAUAGCUUGAGCUA